GACCUGCUGAAAACCUCAGUAGGGUUCUGAAUUGUCAUGGAACGAGGCGGUGUCUUAUUCUUCUUGUCCAUCUGGAGUCAAGUCCAAUGCCAAGUGUCCUUUCCACCGGAUUGCCAAAACAUGAGUCAAAACGCCAACAAACUGGACUCAUCCGAAGUCCUGCCCAAUAUACACAUUCCAUUGGACUACAAUAUUCAUGCAAUACCUCCGGUCUCUUGGGGAGGCCCAAUAACCGUGAACUUCUCUUUCAAUUUAGCCAGUAUCCUGGACAUUAAUGAGCCCAAGCAAGUGAUAAGCCUUGAAUCGACCAUUCGGAUCUCGUGGUUUGAUCCUCGCAUAAAAGUGACCCUGCCCAACGAUAAUAAGACGCAGUACAUUCUUUUCAAUCGCAAUCCAGUGGACCACAUCUGGUUCCCUGAUAUCUUCGUGGAUAAGGCUAAAGAGCUGAGGGUGCCCGUGUACAAGAUUCCACCCUCGUAUCUCCGCAUUUACGGCGAUAGUCAGCUCCUUUAUUCAGCACGAGUCAAUUACGACUUGGCGUGUCCCAUGGGCUUUGAGUACUAUCCGGUGGAUACACAAGAGUGUCUUAUUACCUUUGAGAGCUGGGGCACUACGACUGAUCAAAUGAUUUUCUUGUGGAGAUCGGAUGAUGUCACCUUUAACAAGGCAAUCAAGCUGAACCAGCACGAUUUUGAGAUAUCCUUUGACAACACCACUUUGAAAAGCUUUUCCACGGGCACAUUUCCUAGCGUCACCGUGCGACUCACUUUUCGCCGCAAAUUAACAUACCACCUGUUGAGAACGUAUCUACCCUCGACUUUGUUCGUCAUUUUAGCUUGGUUCAGCAUGUUCAUCCCUUUGGAACAUGUUCCAGGACGUGUGACCAUGAGUAUGACGACUUUGCUCACCCUUGCUUCAAUGUUUGGUUCAUUAUCCACGGUGACCCCUCCGAUUUCUUAUACCACCAAGUUAGACGUGUGGAUGGUGGGUUGCAUCGUCUUUGUUUUUGCCACCCUGUUCGAGUUUACGGUGGUGAUUUUCUUGAAAUAUUAUCUCACGGGUUUGCCCAUCGUGACAGAGGCUGGACUGGAACGAUUCCAUGCUUGGGUCAAUGGGACUGAAUUCGAUGAUUAUGAUGACAUGGGUGAUUAUGAGCCUUCCCAGCUCAAGAAGACGCGUCCCAUGUCGCCUCACAUCAAUGAAAGCCAUGACAUUGACAAUGAGAGAACAAAUAAGGGCCUGGAGGCCAGAGCAGAGAUUGAUCCGACCAGGAACAAACAAAAGCGUUUGUCGAGAAGAAACAAUCGGUCCAUUAUGCCCUUUCUUUCCAAUCCAUACGAUCCUCGGGGACAGAUGAGUGAUUUGGGCAAGAAUGGGACUGGCUUAUCAAAGGGGGAACUCCAACCAACUAAAGCGAGGCUGGAUCAAAAUGACGCAAACGAACAGAGUGAGGACCAGACCUCGUCGAAACCAUUCGAAUCGAAAGAGGAACAAAAACGUCAUGCUGGCAAAGUUGUUUUGGCCAUCGAAAAAUUCAGCGUUAUCGGAUUCUUUUUUUCUUUCCUCGUUUGUAAUAUCUUUUACUGGCUGGACAUUGUUCGUACCAUGGGUCAAGUCUAUCAACCAAACAACCAGCAGACGUAAAAUCGGAUUCGAACAAAUAUCUGCUGAAUAGUGCUCUAGGUAUUGUUUUACCUGUCUCUUGAAGUAUCCAUUUACGAAAAAAGAACUAAUUGGAUUCACUGGCCUUCCAAUUGAUCCUGCCCUCAGAACAAGGCCUGUGCAAACACUCGUGUCAAUAGCUCCAGAUCGUGUUGCCUUCCAGGCACUCGAGUCAAUCGUAAAGCAACUUUGAAACAAGCUAAUGAAUUCAUUACAUAGUAAUGUGAUGCAGUGCUUUGAUGAAUCUUCUUCCAUUUCAAACAAAGCGUGAGAAGACCUAAUCAUUGUAAAUAAAUACAUGUGAUGUAGCCGCU